UGUCCGCCGCCGCUUGUACGUGGCAGUCGUGUUGCGUCACCGCCGAAGGCCCUUCUCGAGAGUAAACGCUGGCGACGGUAGAUGCUGCGGACCGUCAUUCGCUUCUUAUUCGGCAAUAAAACGCCGCUGAAAACUUAUAAAUGAAUAAAGGAACAAGCUUGUGUUGAUAUCUAGUUCGAGGUCAACCAUCAGAAUGACGGUCCCGGAGAACUACAUUUACAUAGUCGCCGGGGAGGUGGCGAUCAUCACAGCCGCUCUAAGGAGAAGCACUCGGGGAAUGCACAGCCAACAGGAGGAAGAACAGGAGAUACUGAACAACAACUUCGCAGAACUAAAGGAGGUUCUCAGCCGUGCCAGCGAUCUCUCUGACAUUGAACCGAGCGUGUACUUUGGGCCGUUUCUAAAUGCGAUACGCUUUGAGCAGACUUCUAGCAUCGUCACUGGUCAAGCACUGGCAUCUGUGAACAAGUUCCUCUCCUAUGGACUCAUAGACCACAGGCUGGAGUCGGCUGCGUCGGCGGCUGAGAGUGUGGCGGAUGCAGUGACCCACGCCAGCUUCACAGGCACCGACCCGGCUUCGGACGAAGUGGUGCUCAUGAAGAUCCUGCUUGUGCUGCGCUCACUCCUUCUGUCGCCUGUUGGGGCACUGCUCUCAAACGAAUCAGUCUGCGAGAUGAUGCAGUCCUGCAUCCGGAUCUGCUUCGAGUUUCGUCUUAGUGAGUUGCUACGCAAGUCAGCUGAGCAAGCCCUGAUGGACAUAGUGCAGUUGCUGUUCUGCCGCCUUCCUCAGUUCUCCGAAGUUGCAAAAGGGGGUUGCUCUAGAAAGCUUAAAAUCAAGGCGAGUGGCAUGGAGAGCUCCAAGAGUGCCAAGAAACGCCGCUCCCCUCAGCCGAGGCACAAGAAGCUCAGCAGGGAGCCCCAUUCAUCACCGCAACAACAGCAACCACCACAGUCUGCGGCUGCAGCUCCUCAACAGCAACAGACGUCGUCUGCUCAAGACGCUGCCGGCCUCCCGGCGGCCCCCACUCCCUUGGCUUCCGAUGCCUCGCCCCUUUCCCCUCCUCCUCCCUCCAGCAUUGCAACUCCCGACUCGGAGAAUUCACCCUUUCCUGCCCUGGACACCCCCGCUUUGGGCACCCCCGGUCUCGAGGAUGGUUCCCCGACGAGAGUGAUCCGCCUCUCGGACUCCGUGACCUCCAUGGUGGACCUUGAAGUAAACGCCACCAGCGGCCAGGGCGAGUGCAUGCUCAGUGAACAGAGCCAUCUGGAGAGUCCCUUCAGUGCGAGUGAGUGCAGCCUGGCAGCGCAGGAACCCUCGAGCCUGGAGGCGAGCUGCGAAAAAGAGGGAGGCACCGUCGUGGCCAUGGGGGGCACGGGGGACAACGACUACGUCAAUCCUCACGGGGUGCGCUUUACUGCACUGCACCAGAGCAGGGAAGGCUCGGGGCCCGUGGUGCCCUAUGGUCUCCCGUGCGUGCGCGAGCUGCUACGCUUUUUGUCAAGCCUACUGUACCCUCACGACGCUUCUGUGGCCACGGAGAUGAUGAUCCACUCUGGGCUGAGCCUGCUAGCAGUGGCCCUGGAGAGCGGGGCGGACCACGUGGGCAGCUUCCCCUCCCUCCUGGACCUGGUCAAGGACGACGUCUGCCGGAACCUCCUGGCCCUCCUGAGCACCCAACGGUUGUCCAUCUUCGUGUCAUCUUUGCGAGUCAGCUUCCUCCUCUUCGAGUCUCUUCGUACUCAUCUCAAGUUCCAGUUGGAGAUGUACCUGACCAAACUGGUGGAACUGAUUUCGAGCGAGUCGCUGGCAGUGACACGCGACCACAAGGAACUGUCGGUGGACGCGGUGGUGCAGUUCUGGCGCAUACCGGGCCUCAUCACGGAGCUGUACCUCAACUACGACUGCGAUCUCUUCUGCUCCAACAUGUUCGAGGACCUCACCAAGGUGCUCUCAAAGAACGCUUUUCCCGUGACUGGUCUGCAGUCCAUCCACCUGCUCUCUCUAGACGCGCUGCUCGCUGUCAUCGACAGCAUCGAGACCCACUGCCACUUCCGGAUGCUCAAUGAGAACCACGCCACCAGGGGGGCGUUAGAAGCAGAGGAAGCAGACGGGGAGGGCGCCACCCUUGAAUCGGGGGGGCCCCACUGGGUGGUGGCCCCCUUUGGCUACCAGUUGGGCCAGCAGAUGCUACGGCAGGGAGGGGAGCCCCUGGGCCCCGCAGUCAAGCCCCCUGCCAGGGGCUUCGUUUGCAUCCGGCCCAACCGUAAGAGCGUCUCCGACAACAUCCCCUCCCACGAGCAGCUCAUGGCCAUCAAGCACCGCAAGAAGCUGCUGGCGUCAGGCACGGAGCACUUCAACACGCGUCCGAGCAAGGGCAUAGAGUUCCUCCAGGAGCACGGCUUGCUCAGCGAGCCCCUGGACCCCGCAGAGGUGGCCCACUUCCUCAGGGACAACUCGCAACUGGACAAGAACAAGAUUGGCGAGUACAUCUCCAACCGCAAGAACCUUAAGGUCCUCGACGCCUUCGUCAAGUCAUUUCACUUUGGCAACACGAGGAUCGACGAGGCACUGAGGAUGUAUCUUGAGACGUUUCGUCUUCCUGGGGAGGCACCUCUCAUUUCGUUGCUGCUGGAACACUUUGCAGAGCACUGGCAUAAAAGUGCAGGGGAACCAUUUGCAAACAGUGAUGCUGCCUUCACUCUAGCAUAUGCUGUGAUAAUGUUGAAUGUGGACCAGCACAAUCACAACGUCAAGAAGCAAAACAACCCGAUGACUGUAACGGAUUUCAAGAAGAACCUCACUAAGGUGAACGGGGAUCGAGACUUCGACGAGGAGAUGCUCGAAGAGAUUUAUAAUGCUAUCAAGAGUGAAGAAAUAGUAAUGCCUGCAGAGCACACUGGACUGGUUAGAGAGAACUACCUGUGGAAGGUGCUGCUACGGCGGGGUGCGGGCAAGGCGGGCCACUUUGUGCACGUGCCCAACGGCCUGCUGGACCACGACCUGUUCACACUGGUGUGGGGCCCCACGGUGGCUGCCUUGGCCUCCAUCCUGGACAAGGCGCCUUCGGAGAGCAUUGUUCUGCAGAAGGCCCUGUCGGGCUACCGCAAGUGCGCCAUGAUCGCCGCCCACUACGCCAUGAGUGACGUCUUCGACAACCUCAUCAUCUCCCUCUGCAAGUUCACCUCUCUCUCCAGUGCCGAGAGUCCAGAGGCAGUGCCCAUGGUCCUGGGGAGCAGCCAGAAGGCGCAGCUGGUAUCCAAGAUGGUAUUUGGCCUGGCGCAGAGACACGGACACAUCCUGCGCGAUGGCUGGAAGAACCUCAUUGACUGCGUGCUGCAGCUGUACAGGGCAAAGCUGCUGCCACAGGCAUUAGUCACCGCAGAGGACUUUGUGGACCCAUCGGGGGAGGUGUCCCUACUGCGGUCCGAGGACGUGGUCGGCCUGAGCCAGCAGCGCAGCGAGCAGCAGAGCCUCCUGAGCACCUUCGUCACUUACUUGAUGGACAGCAGCCAGAAGGGCCCCAACCCAGAGGACCACCGGGCCCAGGAGGCCGCCCUCCACUGCGUGGCCAACUGCCAGCCUGAGCUGCUAGUGUCCGAGUCCAAGUUCCUCAGGGAGGACGCCCUGCAGGAGCUGGUCAAGGCUCUCAUUUACGCCUGCCAUGGCCCUGAAAGUCACUCUUCUAUGUCUGGUGGCUACGACGAAUACGCCACUGUUUUUCUUCUUGAACUACUGAUCAAGGUGGUUCUACAGAACAAAGACCGUGUGGGCCCAAUUUGGGCUGCAGUGAGGGACCAUCUUUACACCCUGGUGAUGGGUGCAAGUGCCAGCGACUAUCGGUUCCUUCUGGAGCGCGCAGUCGUCGGCAUCUUGCGCCUCGCCAUCCGUCUGAUCCGUCGUGAGGAGAUGACCUCUCAGGUGCUGCGGUCGCUGAAGAUGCUGCUGGUGCUGAAGCCGCCCACACUUCACCAGGUGUCCUGCCAGGUGGCGUGCGCCCUGCAGGAGCUACUGCGCACCAGCGCCAACUGCGUGCAGGCCCCAGGGGACUGGGCUAUCCUCUUCCUGCUCAUGGCGUGUGCGGGGGCCGGGCUCAGGCCCCCCGGACUUGCCUCCGGGUCGGAGACUGCCCGGAGCACCUCGCUGCCCGCCAAGGGCACCUUCACCAGCUGCGACACCCUGGCCAGUGGAGCCCAGUCUGACAGCGAGCUGGCGAGAAAUUCCCACGGAGGCCACGACCGUCCCGAAGACCGGGGGUACACCUCGGACAGCGAGCUUUACCAGCACCAGUCUGCGAGCGGGGAGGCUCCCGGGAGGCUGUCCGGAUGUCAGCAGGAGGGCUCAAUGGGCAGCAUCAUGGACACGUCGGCCGGCGAAUGGAUACUGGUCGGCGGCGGGGCGGACGAGGACCGCCUGGGCGUGCCCCAAAGCGCCCCCGUGAACCAGUUCUCCAUCAGCCUGGCCUGUGAGCUGCUGCCCCACGACCCUCUGGCCCUAGCCAAGUGCUGCGAAUGCCUGGCCCUGCUCGUCAGAGACCUGGCGCACAUCACCCCCAGCAACCUGCGCGGCUGCAUCCAAUGCAUACGCGUCUUCGUCGAGGCCAGCUUGCACGGGGGACACAGCUGGGCCAAGCGAAGUGCCAAGCCGCGGGAGGGCAAGCGUCCAACCAAGGCCCAGGCACGGCGCAGGGAAGAGGCCCUCCACCGCCGCACCCACCAGCACAGCCUGGGCUACGAGGCAGAUGAUGAGGACAGGCUGGACGGGACUCCUUCAGAAUACCAGCACGUCUCCCUCCAGUUGCUGGACCUGAUGCACACACUGCACACAAGGGCAGCAUCCAUCCUCCAGCCGGGAGACCUUGUGCCGGACAUUGCACUGUCCACCCAGGGACUGCCCACCUCAGGAGACACCGGCAGCAGGCUGGUCUCGGGCAAGCCAGUUGCGGGCAGCCAGUGCCCCAGCCUUUGGAACUGCUGCUGGUGUCCACUCCUGCAAGGAAUCGCAAGGCUCUGCUGUGACACACGGAGAAACAUUCGGACAUCGGCGCUGACCUACCUUCAGCGUGCACUUUUAGUUCACGACCUUCAAGCUUUGUCGGCGGCCGAGUGGGAAGCCUGCUUCAACAAAGUGUUGUUCCCACUAUUGUCAAAGCUGAUGGAAAAUGUCAGUCCUCAUGACCCUGUUGGAAUGGAAGAGACAAGGAUGAGAGGUGCCACUCUGCUGUGCAAGGUGUUCCUGCAGCACUUGAACCCCCUGCUCUCUCUGCCCACUUUUACUGCACUCUGGCUGACGAUUCUAGACUUUAUGGACAAGUACAUGCAUGCAGAGGACAGUGACCUGCUGAGCGAAGCCAUCCCGGAGUCCCUGAAGAACAUGUUGCUGGUGAUGGACACGGCGGGCGUCUUCCAAGCCAACGGGGCUGACCUGGAGAGCUCUUUGGGUGGCUACACCCAGCUGUGGACGGUCACCUGGGAUCGCAUCGACAGCUUUCUGCCAAACCUCAGGGAGGAAGUCUUCAAGCCGCCUCCCCCUCCACCCCCGUCCACAGCCGCUGACCUGCCGGCCUCUGGGCCUUCUUCCGAAGAAGUCCUCCCCGCCAGCCCCCCUUCGGCCCAGUCGCCAAAUCUGCUUAGAGAGGAUGAUUCGUGCGAGCUGCUGACUGUUACAGUGGACGAUUCCUGUCGUGCUGACGGUGCCAACAGGCUCUUACCCGUUGGCGGCAGCAACAGCUUCACAUCCCCGACUGGAGGCACGGCCCCUCUCGGGGCCCCUUCGGAGCCAGCGGGGCCAGUGGGCGGACCCGUUCCCGCCCGUCCCCGGGCGUCCUCCUCCAGUGCCCCCGCUCCCUCGCACUCUGUGAUCCUGCACCCCCCCUCCCUGUCCCCUCCCCCCGUGCACCCCUCUGCCGUGCCCCGCCCUUUCUCUGGCAUCCCCGUGCCCCUCGUCAUUGACCCCGUCGUGUUCUGCGAACAGCAUCACUCGGUGUUCACCCCGCCCAGUCAGAAUCCCGUGAAAUCGGCCGAUCGAUGAAUCUUCCUCGACGGUUGGACGGCCAUUCUUUUCAGUUCAUUGCUAUGAAAUUGUUAAGAAAAUGGAUCAAAGCUUGUGAAAGAACUGUAUAUAGGCAGACUAAUAAACCAUGCUAGGCUUCAGUAACAAAUCCAAGAUAAAAUAUGUAGCAUUUAAAGGGAGUCAAAAGGCACGAUGUAGCCAUAAUUGGUAGCUUGGUCUUGGAGGCUGCAGGACAGCGCUUCCUCUUAGCUUUAUUUUAGGAAGGAACAAGGUAUUGGAGCAUAAAAAGUAUUUAUGGUGGUUCUUUUUUUUUUUAAUUGUUAUUUUUAGCAGGCAUUUUUAGGAAUCAACUUGCAAACAACUGACUUUUGGUGCAUCAGGAAUGAGCUGUUAUGCCAUUUCAGAAUGUUGCAUGGAAUUUAGGAUUCUCUGUAUAAAUGUGUGGAUUUCUUCACCUCGCAUCACGAUCCCACUAGUCAAAUGGGACGAAAGAUGUGCUUGAAUUGUCAUUCCCAUAUUCCUCGAAUCAAACACAAAGAGAAGUCUCUGCCUUUCCUGCGUGUUUUACUAGCUUUACAAUAUGCGAGAGCAUGGAUUUCUUUCCAUUGCUUUCAGAGGAGGUAUUUAACACUUGUACAAUCAUGUCUGGGCUCACGAUUUCGUUGUAUGGAAGUGUUCUCAGUGGUAUGGCCAUUUUUUUUUCUUUGUUUUUUUUUCUUUGUGGAGGAUUUUUUUAUAGAUAUUGAUGUACAGGAAUUUGGGCAACUAAAUGCUUUUUGCUGUCUGUAAAGUUUGUUGAUGUGCAUUUGUUUGCUAUGGAGAUACAAAAUUUCAAACUCCUUUACGAGGGUGUUUUUGUUCACACGCAUCUGAAAUGAACUUUCGAGUGUCUGGGAAAUCUUCUGAAGACACGGCUGUUGUACCUUGCUGUGACAAAGUCGUACCGAGGGUUCGAAGCUUCAUUAUAGCGCUAAUUUCAUUAUACACAAGCUUUUUACUAAUAAACCCGCGUUGCCCACGCCAAGUGUGAGGAAUGCGCGUGUGCAGAAACGAAAUCCAGGAGAGGUGAAGCAUCUGCGCAUGUGCAGUGCUGACAACAGCGCCACCACAGUGCCGUGACAUCGGUGAGUUAGUGUAUGUUGAGAUCCUUCUUUAUUUUAUUUUUUUUAAGUAUUUUUAAAGGUCUUGGUGGGGCAUUACAUGGAGGGGGACAUCUGAAGAAUUAUUUGAAUAAUUAUACAAAAUAAAAUAAUAUGAAAAAGAAAAAA